AUUAAAAAAAAUGGCAUAUUCUGUGAAUAUUUCUGUUGAGGCUCCAAUUGAAAAUCAGAUCCAGGAAAUCACCUAUGAUGGACAGGAAAUAUAUCAAUCACCUUUAACUGUAUCUGAGAGUCUGGCGAAAUAUGCCCAAAAAAUAGAUUUCAGUAAAACAGCUGACAUAGUUGAACCAAAGAAAGAACCUGGUGAUAUUCCCGAUGAUAAGUCAGAUACAGAUAGUAAAGAUUCUAUACAGUCUAGCUUAUGGCCUUGGGAUACAGUAAGAAACAAGCUGCAUAGUGCAUUGCAAGAAGUGUGUGUUCUGGCGGAUGUUUUAGCAAUAGCAAAGGAGAAGAGGUACAUGGUAUUGGAUCCUGUUCCACAGGAACCAGUAGAAACUAAAUCUAUAGUACAGAUAUAUGCUAGGAAAAAGGCGCUUGCAGGUGCUGCCAGUGUUCUCCUCACUGGAGUAGAAAGACUGAAAACAUCACAGAAUGAGGUUGUUAGGAACAAAACUGAUUUCCAUUUCGAGUUACUAAGAUUGCGACAGAAUUGGCGCUUGAAGAAGGCUUCUAAUAGCAUUAUUGGAGAUUUGAGCUAUCGCACAGCUGGAUCAAAAUUCACACAAACUGGUAUGUUUGAAGUAACAAAGGCUGAGGACGAUGAUAAAACUAAUAGUCCUCCAAAUAGUCCAUCAGCAAGUGGUUCUACUCCCAAAAAUAGUUCAGCAUUAAGAGUAACAGUACCUUCCGAAUUGCAAGGUGUAGCAUACAUUGAAGUAUUAUGUCAAAAAGAUCAGGAAGAUUUGUGUAGCGCUAACAUUAACUUGUUAGGCUCUGGUCCACCAACAUCAAAUCCAGAUGUACACUGGCAACAAAAGUUAGAAGCAGCUCAAAACGUCUUAUUCUGCAAAGAACUCUUCAAUCAACUAGCUAAAGAAGCUGUUCAGCUUCAGGCUCCAAUUCCGCAUAUGGUCGUUGGAAAUCAGAUUAUGGCAACUGUUUUACCUGGGAUCCAAUUAAUAAUUGGGCUGUGUCACUCUACAACAGGUGAUAAGAAACCACCUGUUCCUGCACCAUCAAAGAGCGAUCAUGAUCAUGUCUUGGAACAUUCUUUACAUCAAUUAUUACGAGAAGUUCAUCACAAAAAUACUCAUCAUCCAUUUCCGCAUCCUUCCACUGGUCCAUUAGGACCAUCGAAAAAACGCUAUCUUGCAGGACCAAUGGCAGCCGACCGUUACGAGUUAUUAGAGAUGACCAAGUCUGAAACGCUCUUGGAACAAAUUAUCAAGCAAGCCCAACAUUUCUUCAUGAGAAUGAGGACCGAAUAUGUGCUGGAUACAAUAGCAAAAGAAGUCAAAGACCCUUUGAUUACUUCGCACUGGAAUACAUUGAAUAGCCCAACGCAAUCAUGCGUGAAAAUAAACAUAUCUACUCAUGGAUACGACGCAGUAUUCAGAACUCCUCUUGUAAUUCACGUCGGUGAAAAGAGUUUGAAAUGCAUCUGCCGAGUGGGCAAGGUGAUGCAUAUGAGUUAUGAACCACAGGAGCUCAGAGAUUUGAUCUUCUGCCACAUCAAUCAACAUCAAAUUCUUGCCGUACAAGCGUUAGCUAAGACAAUGGGGUGGCAAUUUUUGGCAAACUCUUCUCAUUUAGGUUUGGGCAGCGUUGAGCCUUUGGGUAAUGCAAGUUCUUGCAUGUUGGCAUCGCCAAAUGGUGAUAGAUUAAUCGCUGUAAGAUGCGAGCCUCAAGCCGGAGUUCAAGUUUCGGUAGCUCAUUCUCCCAGAUCUGAUUUCUUUCCAAGCAGAUUGGUCACGGAAAGGAAAUGGGAACAUCUUGGUGGACAAUUCAGAGAUGUGCGAUUGGAGAAGAUGGAGGGAAGAAAUUUCUUACAUAAAAUGGAACUUCUGAUGGCUAGCUUAACAAGCAAUUCUUAAUUAUAUGUUUUUUUAAAUACAUUUAUUUAGUGACGUAUAUUUUUACUGUAAUAAGAGGUUCUUAUAGU